GUCUUUCCCCGUUGUCUUAAAGGAACAGCUCCUGUCUGCACUUUUAGUUUCACUUUUACAUCGCAGCCAUGGCCGGAAAAAGUACGAGACAAGAACAAUUUCUGAAAUUGCAGCAAGAUUUCAGAACAAAUGCCUUCGAGAUUAUUAGGCAGAUGGUUGAUUGGUGCAAUACGACUCCCGGAAGUAGACACCUAGUGGACGAGAUACUUCACAGCAUCUUCUUCCUGGGAAAAAUCAACACAACGCCAUUCACUCCAGAGGAAAUUAUCCCCAAUAAGGAGAUGCUAAAUGCCCUAAAGGAGAAAUACCCAGAACCAUUUGAGUGCUACUUGACUCACCUUCCCAGGCGCAGUCCGUUCUCCUGUGUGCUGGACAUGGUUGUCCUGCAGAAGAGGCCUGAAAAUGAAAACCAGGUAAAACAGACUUUGAGUGAUCUGGUCAACCGUCUGAAAGAAGGUUUUCUUGUCUCUGCCACCAUCUGCAUCUCGAAAUCCAACAAGUCGGUGCAGCAAUACGGAGUCUCCAUGUCCACCAGUGGCCCUAAUCCCGGCAGGAUUGUGAUCGCUGCUUCCUGCUUGAGCUCCUACUGGGAUGAAUAUGUGGCUGCAGCAGUGAUGACCUUCUAUCCUGACAAGAAGAAGAAGGAAUACUUUGAUGGAACCUUUAAGCUUGCUGAAGGCGCCACAUGCAGGGCAUAUAGCAUAAAAAAGGCGUCUGAAAUGGAGCCUUGCAAAUCAUGUGGAAAUCUCUUUGGCUUCCAGGAAACUUGUCAGAGAGAGUGGCCCUGGCCCUAUGGCAACUGUGCUGAAGUUGAGAGUCUGAGCAACUUGUUUAAAAAUGAUGACCAAGUUAAGCAGCAGUCCAGACCACAAUCUGACACAUUCACACCAGAGAACAGAGAGAAGGUCAGAGAUGAAACUCUGGAGAACCUCAAGAAAAUCCUGAAAAUGAUUCAGUUUAAAACGUGGAGCGGUAAAUUCUAUGUUCCAGAGUAGUCGACUUGUAGAGAAGGCUGAGGCUUUGAUAUCUUUAAUCACAAGUUGGCUUCUUAUCUGUUUUUAUGAUUAUUACCUUAUUACUAAUCAUAAGUCUCCUCUCACUGCCUUCUAAGAGUUAACUUAGUAUGCUAUAUCAUCUGAUGCUGUUAAUGUCCUAAUAAAGUUUGGAGAUAU